UCGCGACUUUCGCUCAGUUUGUCCCUCUGCGGCCCCCAUCCCGUAUGUAGCCGGUCAGUUUGAAUCUUCGGGCGGUUUUUAGCUGCAGCAGCGAAAGGAGAUUUUUAGAAUGGCCACCCCUGCCACCAGCCCCGACCAGGGCGCAUUUAAAACCCCCAAAGGUGUCCGAGUGAGGAGCAGCGGAACCCCCAUCACCAUCCCUGCCUCUCCUUUCAUGAAGAAGCUGGGUUGUGGGACUGGAGUCAACGUUUACCUCAUGAACAGAGUGGGAAAGCUAAAUGCAUCACCCUGGGCUGUGAAGAAGAUCAACAGUAAAUGUGCAGCUAAACAGGUGGCUGUUUACCAGCAGCGUCUCAACGAGGAGGCAAAAGUCCUGAAAGGAAUCAAUCACCCAAACAUCGUUGGUUUCCGCGCCUUCACCACGGCCAAAGACGGCUCCAAGUGUCUGGCCAUGGAGUAUGGAGGAGAGCAGUCCCUCAAUGACCUGAUAGAGAAGCGCAGGGAGGACGGCCUGAAAGCUUUUCCUGCUGCCAUUAUAGAAAAAGUGGCACUGCAUGUGGCUCGCGGCCUGCAGUAUCUUCACAAUGAGAAGAAGCUGCUGCACGGCGACCUGAAGUCCUGUAACGUGGUCAUCAAUGGUGACUUUGAGACGGUGAAGAUCUGUGAUGUUGGUGUGUCUCUGCAGCUGGAUGAAAACAUGAAAGUGUCUGACCCUAAAGCGGAGUACAUCGGCACGGAGCCUUGGAAGCCCAAGGAAUCUCUGGAGGAAGGAGGAGAGAUCACAGACAAGGCAGACGUCUUCGCCUACGGUCUGACUCUGUGGGAGAUGAUGACGUUGGCCAUGCCUCAUCUGGAGAUACUGGAGGAUGAUGAUGAGGAGGGUGAAGAGGACUCCAUGGAGGUGAGUUUUGAUGAGGAUGCCUACUAUGAGCGGUUGGGGACGCGGCCAGCACUAGAUGCCGAGGCUCUGGGCAGUUCGUACCAGAGAGUGGUGGAGCUCUUCUAUCUCUGCACGGAGGAAGACCCCAAGAAAAGACCAUCAGCCGCCCAGAUCGUCCAAGAUUUAGAGAGCAACGCCCCCCUGAAGAAAACACAUUCUGAGGUGAUAGUUAUCGACUGAGUUAUACAGCUGGGUAUAGCUUAGUGGAUUUUUAUCAGAAUUUAAAAAUCAUAAACCACAUGGACAAAACAAGUCCCCUGAUAUUUUUCUUGUUCUUCUCCCUUAGUUAAGAAACUUUAAUGUAAUGUGGAGGGUCCAGCAUAAACAUAAAAACAACAGUUAAUGGUUAAAGUGGAUUUAAAUAUGUAUAUAAUACAGACUAUCUUGUUGUAAUGCCUUCCCUGUUUGUGUUGACAAAUUUAUAUUAUUAGCAUGUCAUCUGUCCUGUUGUGUACAGUCCUCUUUUAUAUUGUAAAUGUUUUCAUUUUCAUGCCGUUUCUCUGUAUCUCUCAUUUUCAGCUCAGUAAACUUUAGUAAAAUGUUCCUUAAUAUUUA